AUGAGCCAGCGGCCUAGCACUGACAAGCAGCAAGAACUCCUGUCAGUAUAGCCUCACCUUCGCGAACUUCAAUACAAACCUCGCUUAGAUGUCUGAGGCGAUUCGCAAUACCUUCCAAAGAUGUGAACAUGAGAAGCGCAAGGCUUUGAUUACCUUCACCACUGCCGGAUACCCAACUCCUGAGCUGACACCGGAAAUCAUGCUCAGCAUGCAGAAAGGUGGCUCAGAUAUCAUCGAGCUUGGUCUCCCUUUCACCGAUGCCUUGGCUGAUGGCCCAACGAUUGUCCGUGCCAACACAGUUGCCUUGCGACAGGGAGUCACAUUACACACAUACCUUGACAUGGUACGCGAAGCCCGCAAGAUUGGAGUCACUGUGCCAAUAAUCUUGAUGGGCUACUACAAUCCAGUGCUCAUGUAUGGGGAGGAGCUUUUGAUACAGAAAUGCAAGGAAGUUGGAGUGAAUGGAUUCAUUCUCGUUGAUUUGCCUCCAAGCGAAGCUGUCGCGUUCCGUGGGUUGUGCACAUCUCACGGCUUAUCCUAUGUUCCCCUUAUCUCGCCAGCAACGACUGAGAAGCGCAUAGAGCUGCUCAGUAAAAUUGCGGAUUCUUUCAUCUACGUUGUUUCGAAGAUGGGAACCACAGGGUCCGAUGCGGCUGGCUCUGUCAACACAUCUCUCCCUAGUAUCAUUGGAAAGAUCCGCAAGUACACUGAACGAACACCCUUGGCCGUUGGAUUCGGUGUCAGUACUCGUGAGCACUUUAUAAGUGUUUCUCAGGUUGCAGACGCCGUGGUCAUCGGCUCAGGCAUCAUCAACACCAUCGAUUGCUCGACCAGCGAUCCAGCUGCAGCUGUCAAAAAGUAUUGCAUGGAAGUGGCUGGCCAGGACGAGCUCGCCAUCGAUAAGCGCGAAAUUGGCCUUGUGGAGACUUUUGGAGCCGCAUUGAACACUAUGGAUGCAACACCGAGCGCCGUCAUCACAGACAAGGACGUUGUUGGCGAUGACUUGGCUAAGUUGGGUGAUCAGUUUGCCGCUCUCGGUGGCAACCUGCCCUCAAACAAGGCAUCGAAAGAAGAACCAGCGGUGGUCCCCGGGCGAUUUGGCGAAUUUGGAGGCCAGUACGUCCCCGAAUCACUAGUAGAUUGUCUUGCCGAACUGGACGCUGAAUGGCAGAAGGCUCAAGCGGAUCCUGCCUUCUGGGCAGAGUUCAGGUCCUACUACCCGUAUAUGUCGCGGCCCUCGAGCCUGCAGUUCGCCGAUAGACUGACUCAACAUGUUGGCGGAGCCAAAAUAUGGCUCAAGCGUGAAGAUCUGAACCAUACUGGCUCGCAUAAGAUCAACAAUGCUCUAGGGCAAGCACUGCUCGCAAUGAGAUUGGGCAAGACAGAACUGAUUGCCGAAACUGGAGCUGGCCAACAUGGUGUUGCCACCGCUACCGUUGCAGCCAAAUUCGGACUCAAAUGCACCGUUUACAUGGGCGCCGAGGAUGUGCGCAGACAAGCAUUGAAUGUCUUCAGGAUGAAGCUGCUCGGUGCCAAAGUCAUUGCAGUGGAAGCGGGAACUCGCACGUUGAGAGAUGCUGUCAACGAAGCAAUGCGGGCAUGGGUUACCAAUUUGACUGAUGUCCAUUAUAUCAUUGGCUCUGCCAUUGGACCGCACCCCUUUCCCACUCUAGUCAGAACUUUCCAAAGCGUCAUCGGCCAAGAGACUAAGGAGCAAAUGCAGGCUCUUGCCGGCAAGUUGCCGGACGCUGUUGUUGCCUGCGUCGGCGGUGGCUCCAAUUCCACUGGCAUGUUCUUCCCCUUUUCUCAAGAUCCUAGUGUAAGGCUGAUUGGUAUUGAGGCUGGUGGCGAUGGCAUUGAGACGGCAAGACACUCUGCGACCCUAACUCACGGCUCAAAGGGAGUCUUCCAUGGCGUGCGAACUUAUAUUUUGCAGGACAAGGAGGGUCAAAUUCUGGAUACACAUUCGAUUUCUGCCGGCCUCGAUUACCCCGGCGUCGGCCCGGAACUGGCGUCUUGGAAAGAUCAAAAUCGCGCAGAGUUCAGCGCUUGUGAUGAUGCACAAGCUCUGGAGGGAUUCAAGAUUCUUUCUCAGGUCGAGGGCAUUAUUCCAGCACUUGAGACUGCGCACGCUGUUUGGGGUGCGAUGAACCUUGCCAAGACCAUGGAGAAAGACCAAGAUAUUGUCAUCUGUUUAAGUGGACGCGGAGACAAAGAUGUGCAAUCUGUUGCAGAAGAGCUUCCUCGGCUAGGGCCCAAGAUUGGAUGGGAUCUUAGAUUCUAGUAGUCAAUUCGAGAC